AAUACGUUUUUGAAAACGGUAGUAACUAUCGAAAUUAUUAUUUAUAAAACUAAAAUGGACUUCGACAAACCAUACAAAAAAUCCACUAAUCCGGAGAGAAAAGGCAACUGGUUUUUGAAUUUAUUUUUUAUAUAUACAAAGGAUACUUUCGUCAAGGGCUGUAGAACCGAGUUAACUCAAAAUGAUAUAUACGAAGUGCUUCCAGAGCAUAAGUCGCAAACAUUAGGAAAUAAAUUAGAAAAUGAGUGGAAGACACAAAUGGAUGAAAAUAACGCAUCUAUACCUAUACUUCUCUGGAAAUGUUUUGGCAGACAAUAUCUUUUAAUAUUAAUCAGCUUGGUCAUCCCAGUGACAAUGACGUUGACGCAACCAAAGAUACUAAAAAAAUUCAUUUCCUAUUUUACUCCAAGACACAAUAACUUAAGCAGAACUGAUGCGAGCUUGUAUGGAGUAUUGUUGAUCGUAGUGAUGCUUAUCAGACGUGUGUACCAAUACAACUUUCAUCUGAGGCUUACAGAAUUGGGCAUUCAAUUACGCACAGGAUUCACAUCUUUAAUCUACAGACAAGCUUUAAAAAUUAACCCGACGCUAGUUGAAAAUGGCAAAAUGAUAAAUCUGAUAACCAGAGAUGUGAGUGAAUUUGAAGAAGCUAUAUAUAAAAUAACCAACUUGUUAAGAGAUCUAACUAAGCUUGUGGCAGCAUGUUUUCUCCUAUAUACAGAAAUUGGAUGGUUAUUUCUUAUACUCCCGACAAUAGUUCUUAUUAGCAUAUUCGUCAACACAUGUUUAGCAGUUUUAGUGCGUAAAUUUAAAUUGAAAUCUUUGAAGAAAACUGAUGGAAGAUAUCAAAUAAUAAAAGAAGCAUUAAGUGCAAUAAAAGUCAUCAAAAUGAACCUUUGGGAAGAAAGUUAUGAAAAGAAAAUUGCUAAAAUCAGAAAUGAAGAAGUUCAUUUUAUACGCAACGUAAAUAUACUGUUUUUUCUAAAGUUAGUCCUUUCUGAAUCAAUUCACAAUGCGUCGUGGUACAUAAUAGUGGCACUCUCCAUUUGGUUUAAGAUCCAAUCAAAUGCCGGGACAUUAUUUCUUAUAAUGAACAGUCUAACUUUUGUUUCUUAUGGCUUAAAAAUCAAUUUUCCAACAGCCAUACAUGAAAUAGCUACAUUGAUUGCUGUAUUUAAACGAAUUGGAAAAACACUGCGAAUUAAAAGUGAUGAAUCAUACGUGGAAGAAAAUAAGCUUUCACCAAGAAUUAAGUUGAAUUUAAAAAUUCACACUGCACAUAAUCACACACUAAUAAAUUUGAAAAAGUGUAACAUUGUAAGAGGAAUAACAGCAGUAACAGGACCUAUUGGCAGUGGCAAAACUCUUCUGUUGAAAGUCCUCACAAAAGAAUACAAAAAUAUAGAAGGCGAUUUAGAAGUCGUCGGCAGCAUUUCUUACGCAUCUCAAGAACCCUGGCUUUUUCCAUCGACCAUCAAACAAAACAUUUUAUUUGGAAGUAGUUACGACGAAAAUCGCUACUUAGAGGUUUUAGGAGUUUGUGCUCUACUUGAAGAAUUACGACUUUUGACCGAUGGUGAUUCUACUAUCGUAACUGACGGAGGAGCUAAUCUAAGUAAAGGACAAAAAGCUAGAAUAAAUUUAGCGCGAGCUGUUUAUAAAGAACGUGAUAUAUAUUUAUUAGAUGAUUGUCUGGCUAGUUUGGAUGCGAUUGUUGCGGAUCUUGUAUUUGAACAAUGCAUUAAAACAUUUCUGAAAGGCAAAAUAGUGAUCUUGGUUACUCCAUCCAUAAAGUACGUCAAUAAGUCAGAUAACGUCAUUACACUGAAAAAUGGUGCAAUGGAAAAUUCCCACCCUGUCCACAGUAAAUCUCCAAAAAAUGAGGGAACUAAAAGUAUGAAAUAUAUUGAAAAAGAUAAAGCAAAGAGCAAAACAGAAGAGUCAUUUGCGGAAGACAACGUUGACCAUGAAACUCCACUGAUUAAAAACACCAACGAGACCAGAGAACUCUACACAGAAACAAAAGUACAAGGCAAAGUACAAUUCGAUACUUAUAAAAACUAUAUUAAAGUGAAUGGGGGCAUGGUCAAAAUUGUUUUAGUCUUACUUAUCACUGGAAUAAUACAGUUUUUGAAAAGUUCCAUCAAUAAAAUGGAAUCCGUUUGGAUAAAUGCAGAACAAGUAUUGUUUAGCAAUGCCACAACAAAGGAAAUAUAUAUUGAGGCAAAUCAAAAACGUCACCAAAUGUUAAUUCUUCUACCUAUAAUUAUUUCAUCUACGACUAUAUUAAUGUUAUUAAGUACAUGUUUUUUCUAUGUGCUUGCUGCCAAAGCUUCUCGAAAGCUUCACAAUUUACUUUUUUCUAAUGUGGUUCGCACUUUCAUGCAAUUCUUUGACAACAAUCGAAUAGGAAUUAUAUUGAAUAGAUUUUCAGAAGAUAUACUGUAUAUUGAUGAAAUAGUACCCUUAACGUUUUUUCAGCUAAUGGGUUAUUUUGCCGGAACAGUUGGAGUUAUUAUUCUCAUAGCUACAGUUAAUGCAACAUUUCUAAUCCCAUGUGUGCUGAUUAAUAUAUACAUGGUUCUGGUACAAAUGUUCUACUUAAAAAUUGGGAAUGCUUUAAAGCGACUCGAAUUCUUAACACGAAGUCCUGUAAUUGGGUAUAUCAAUACAACUUUAGACGGAUUGACAACCAUAAGGACCUCAAAAAUUCAAGAUACACUGCGAAAAGAAUUUGACCAACAUCAAAAUUUGUAUGCUUCCUCUUCUUAUAUGUACGCAUGUUGUGAGAAAGCAUAUCUUUUUCUGAUAGGAGCCGACCAAAUUAUUCUCCUUAUUUUCGCAAUUAUCCUUUUCUUAGCAAUAGAUGACAAAAUGACAUCAGGGAAAGUUGGACUUGUUUUGUCACAAAUAUUUAGUCUGUCAAGUGCACAGCAUUUCUUUUAUCGUAUGAUGACUAGACUGGAGAAUCAAAUGAUAACAGUAGAAAGAGUUUUGGAGUACACUAAACAAAAACAAGAAAGCAAAGAUGGUUUAGUAAUAGAACAUUGGCCAAAGGAAUGUGAAAUACGAUUCAAAGACGUCUCCCUUUCUUACAAGAGCGACCAAGACCAUGUUUUAAAACAUUUAAAUUUCGCCAUCAAAAAUAAACAAAAGGUAGCCAUCGUUGGUAGGACGGGUUCAGGAAAAACAUCACUGAUUUCUACACUCGUCCGACUUUACGAUUUCGAAGGAAACAUUUUUAUUGACAACGUAGACAUCAAAACAGUUCCAGUGGAUUUCCUCAGGUCAAAAAUAUCUGUAAUUCCACAAGAACCUACUAUAUUUUCGGGAACGUUACGUGAAAAUGUUGAUCCUACAGGACAACAUUCAGACGAUGAUAUUUGGAAAGCUAUUUCAACUGUGAAUUUGUCACUCUUUCAAAGUUUGGAUGAUAAAAUUGACACGAAUUUAAGCAUUUGUGAAAAACAACUCAUUUGUGUGUGUCGAGCUCUCGUUAGGCGAAACAAAAUCGUAAUUUUUGACGAAAGUAAUGCCAGUGUGGAUUCCGAUACUGAAGCAUUGAUACAAAAAAUAAUAACAGAUAAUUUUGCCGAAUAUACAGUUAUUGCAAUUAUGCACAAAUUGCGUUACAUUUUAGAUUUUGACCUAGUAUUAGUUGUGGAUAAAGGUGUGAUUAUUGAGUCUGGUGAUCCGUCUAGCUUGCUGAAGAAAAAAAAUGGGAUGCUUAGCAACUUGUUUAAGCGGCAAUGAAAUGGUAAAAUUAAAAACCUGUUAAAAACCAUAAAACGAAACAACUACAACAACAAAUAAGUAGACGACCGACAACUAGAGGGUUAAUUUUAUUCAAAUAUUUAAAUAAUCUAUGUUUUAUUGUGUAAAUUUUA